ACGACACUUAAAAUGUUCCAAUUUCUCGUGCUUACGUGUUUUAUUGCACUGGCAAGUGCUAAUCCGCAAUGGCCAGGCAUCCCUCAAAUCCCCGGAAUCCCAAAAGUUCCACAAAUCCCCGGAAUACCGAAAUUGCCUCAAAUUCCAGGCUUUCCCAACUGGGACGACCUCAGUUCUAACAACGACGUUCCAUUAUCGACUCCAAUUUUCCCCGAAGAAGCACGUUCUUCGUUCUCACAAUCAUCCCGAAUUAUCGCUGGAUUUCCCGCUCAAGUCGGUCAAUUCCCUCACCAAGUGCGCCAAUAUGCUCCAGUAUCCCCGACACAAGGUGUCGUUUGUGGCGCUUCAAUUUUAUCAGAAACUGUAAUUUUAACAGCUGCUCAUUGCACCAAAGAUCACAACAAAUUCGUGCUUGGAUUCGGAUCCGUUGAUUUCAACAAUCCCGCUGUCCAGAUAACGACUGAACGGAAAAUCGAACAUCAAGGUUACAAUCCGUCGAAUUUGAACAACGAUAUUUCGCUGUUGAUCCUUCCCACGAAACUUGAAUUUACGCGAAACAUUCAACCGAUUCAACUUCCAAGCUACAGUCAACAAAGCAAAACUUUUGAAAAUGCAAAAGCGACGGUUUCGGGACAUGGAAGAACUUCGGAUAGCAGUUCGACGUCAUCUCGUUUGAUGUACACGAACGUCAAAGUCAUCGGAAAUAGCGAAUGUGCUCGUCAUUAUGGAAGUAUCAUUCAGCAAUUCACUGUUUGCACCACCGGAUGGGAUAAUAAUCGUCAACAAACUUGCCAAGGUGACUCGGGAGGUCCAUUGAUCACGUAUGACGAUAAUUUAGGGAAAAAUAUCCAAAUUGGGGUUGUUUCAUUCGUUUCUGGACGCGGAUGUGAAGCAGGAAUUCCAGCUGGUUAUGUAAGAGUUUCAAGUUAUUUGGAUUGGAUCAAGCAAAAGUCGGGAGUUCAAGCUAGACCAUAAAUUGUAACUUCGAGAAUUUCUAUCAGUUUUGCAAUUUUUUUUUCAAAAAACAUGUCGUGAAUUAAGGAAUGUCGUAAAAUAUCGACGGUUUACAAUUGUAGGGGGAUGGGGUCAAAAAAUGAUGUAUUUUAUCCGAUAUCGUAAAUGAAUAGAAAAAAUUUUCUAUGAUAGAAAUUUA